GUUUUUUGCAGAUUUUGAGUUUUCUUGCAGUGAGAUUUGCAGAGUCAAGCAGGAUGGCAGACACUUACGUACGACAUGCGGAGCUUUUGGGCUUUGAGAAGAGAUUCUAUCCAAGUCAGCAUUAUGUUUACAUGUUCUUAGUGAAAUGGAGCGACCAGUCAGAGAAAUUAAUUUACAGAACAUAUCCAGAAAUCCACACAUUCCAUAAAUCUCUCAAAGAGAUGUUUCCCAUCGAGGCAGGAGAUAUUGACUCUAAAGACAGAAUCAUUCCUUCAUUACCAGCUCCAAAAUGGCUGGACAACCAGAAGUCCACAGAGACCAGGCAGGGGACCCUGGCCGAAUACUGUCGCUCUCUGCUCGGCCUGCCUCCAAAAAUUUCUCGUUGUCAGCUAGUGAGAAACUUUUUUAAAGUACGCCCAGAAGAUGAGAGCCCACCGGCUCCUCAUCCGUUCAAACGAAAUGAGACCUACGUAAUGUCCAGGGAGAGAGCAAGGACCACCACUUCUGAAAUCACUGGACCUAUUAUGCUGGACAGCUACAGAGUUGUUUCAGAUUACAGCAAGAGUUCAAAGUAUGAGCUCAACUUGAAGGCCGGAGACUUGGUCGAUAUUGUGGAGAAGAGCCCUAAUGGCUGGUGGUUUUGCCAGUUUGAGACCCAUAGAGGUUGGGCUCCAGCCUCUUAUUUAGAACCACUGGAUGGACCUGAUGAGAGAGAAGAGCCUGAGCCUGACUAUGCAGGCGAGCUGUACAAAACCAUUAAAGCCUACAAAGCAGUGGAGGAGGAUGAGCUAUCACUGGAGUUUGGAGAAAUAAUUGAGGUCAUCCAUAAACUUCUGGAUGGCUGGUGGGUGGUCAGGAAAGGAGAGGAGACAGGCUACUACCCUAGUAUGUUCUUGUGCAGAACAGGAGAAAAGAAAGAAGUUGAGGCUGAGAAAGACAUAAUGAGGAGAGAGACUCCACCGCCCAGGAGGUCAACUAUUCGCAAUGCUCAGAGUAUCCAUGCUAAGGGUCGCCAGCGAAUCAGCCAGGACACCUAUCGUCGUCAGAGCCGCCGGUUCUUACAGCAGAGAGGAAGAGUCUCAUCCCAGCCGAGGAAGAACUCCAGAGCUGCUCUGGUGGAGAAGAACAGUGACAAUGCAGCUCCCUCUACUGAUGAGGUGAAGAAAACUCCAGUUAUCCCUCCUCGGCCCAGCCAUGAACUCAUCAUGGAGCGCUGCACGGAGAACACCCGCAAGCGCAUUAGCAUCCAUGCUAACUGAAGGGGGACUGAACAGUAUUAUUGCUAAAGCAAAUUAGGAUAAACAAGAGCCUGAUUAGAGUUUCCCUGCCCUAUAACAUCUAUUUGAUGACAAAAUAUGUAUAAUACUUGGUAAAGCAGCUACAUCUUAUGGUUAAGCUUGGGCAGGCCUGGCACAGCAAACAAGCCUACACCUUUGGUAAAUUCUCACUUUUGUGCUGUAAUGCUAUAUUUGUCUUAGCUCUCUAUGCUAACAGGAAAAGCACAUAGGAGUUAAAAUAGAUUACCUUGGCUGUAUGUGUUUGCAUAUUUGUAAUAAGCUACCUUAAUGUUUUUGUAAAUGUUUUUUUAAUUUCUUUUAAUAAAAAGAGAAA